GCUCCUUCCGUACACUGAACACGUGACAGCUAGGUCAGAGGUCAGGAUGGGUCGCUCUUCCAAAGACAAGCGGGACAUUUAUUACCGUCUGGCUAAAGAGGAGGGCUGGAGAGCAAGGAGCGCCUUCAAGCUGCUGCAGCUCGACCACGAGUUCAACCUGUUGGCAGGUGUGAACAGAGCGGUGGAUCUGUGUGCAGCACCUGGCAGCUGGAGUCAGGUCCUCAGCAGGAAACUCAGGUUCUCCUCAUCAUCCUUUCAUUCAGUCAUAUGAACCAGAGCCCGACCCAGACUGGAUUACUGGGGCCGAUACCGAUAUUAGGGAGCAAUCGGCCGAUAAUCUCACACAUACAGAAUAUUAAAUUAUUCUGUUUUGUGCAGCGAAUUAAAGUAAUAAAACAUUCAACAUAUAUAUAUUAAACUUGAAUUAAGAAAAAGGAUCAAAUAUACAUCAAACACUGCCUAUAUAAAACAUCGGGGCAUAUUUGGACAACAAAACAUACGAUAUAUCUGAUAAACCAGUAUCGGCCGAUAAUAUCAGCUGACUGAUAUUAUCGCUCUAACAUGAACAUAAAGUCACCUGGACAGAAACUCUGAGUGUGGCUGUAGGAUAUUCUCUGAGAUUAUAAAGUCGCAAAUUUACGAGAAAAUAAACUCGGAUAUUCUCUGACAUCAUAAAGUCGCAAAUUUACGAGAAAAUAAACUUGGAUAUUCUCUGACAUCAUAAAGUUGCAAAUUUACGAGAAAAUAAAUUUGGGUAUUCUCUGACAUCAUAAAGUCGCAAAUUUACGAGAAAAAAUAAAGGAUCUUCUAUGACGUCAUAAAGUCGCAAAUUUACGAGAAAAAUAAACUCGGAUAUUCUCUGAGAUUAUAAAGUCGCAAAUUGUACGAGAAAAUAAAUCGGGGUAUUCUCUGACAUCAUAAAGCCGCAAAUUUACGAGAAAAUAAAUUUGGGUAUUCUCUGAGAUUAUAAAGUCGCAAAUUUACGAGAAAAUAAACUCGGAUAUUCUCUGACAUCAUAAAGUCGCAAAUUUACGAGAAAAUAAACUCGGAUAUUCUCUGAGAUUAUAAAGUCGCAAAUUGUACGAGAAAAUAAACUUGGAUAUUCUCUGACAUCAUAAAGUCGCAAAUUUACGAGAAAAAUAAACUUGGAUAUUCUCUGAGAUUAUAAAGUCGCAAAUUGUACGAGAAAAUAAAUUGGGGUAUUCUCUGACAUCAUAAAGUCGCAAAUUUACGAAAAAAAUAAACUUGGAUAUUCUCUGAGAUUAUAAAGUCGCAAAUUGUACGAUAAAAUAAAUUGGGGUAUUCUCUGACAUAAGGUCACUAAUUUACGAGGAAAUAAACUCGGAUAUUCUCUGACAUCAUAAAGUCGCAAAUUUACGAGAAAAUAAACUUGAAAAAAUUGUUUUAUUCUAACGAGUAGUCACAUAGCCUCACUUUGCAACACUGAGAGACGUUUUUUCUCGCAGAUUUGCAACUUUGCGUCAGAGAAUGUCUGAGUUUUUUCUCUAAAUAUUAGCCCCCCCCCACUCCCCUCCUCCAGGUCAGUAUUUUUUUUUUUUUUUUACAUACACGGCCCUAACACGCUGUCGUAGAGGGGUUAGGUACUCAGUUUGUCGCAGUCUGCAGCUUCACCACUAGAUGUCACUAAAUCACACACACUGCUCCUUUAAAUCAUGUGAGCGUAUGUUUGG